AUGAAGGGAAAGGUGGCAUUCGAAGAGGCAUUCGCCCUCCCACGGAACGCAGUCACUACAAAGUGGUGGGCAGGGCUGUUCGCGAUUGACCCGGCCAAACACACCAGGGAGAUCAACGACGUCAACAAGCUCCGAAUCGAGAAGAUGGACCAGUUCGGCGUCGGCUACAAGAUCCUGUCCUACACAGCACCCGGCGUUCAGGAUGUAUGGCAACCUGACACAGCCGAUGCUCUGGCGCGGGAAGUCAACGAUUACAUCGCGAGCGAGAUCAAGGGUUACGAAACGAGGUUGGGAGCUUUUGCAACCCUGUCCAUGCACGAUCCGAAAGUCGCAUCGGAAGAGCUCCGACGGUGUGUGAAGGAGUACGGCUUCAAAGGAGCACUUGUCAACGACACACAGCGAAACGAUGAAUCCGGAAGUUCCAUGAUCUUCUACGAUGGUCCGGAAUGGGACGUCUUCUGGUCGACAGUGCAAGAACUCGAUGUGCCAUUCUACCUUCACCCACGAAACCCAACCGGCGUCUUCUACGAGAAACUUUGGGCCCCCCGAAAAUGGCUCGUCGGACCACCCCUCUCAUUCGCACAGGGCGUCUCCCUUCACCUCCUCGGAAUGGUCACGAACGGCGUUUUCGACCGCUUUCCCAAACUUCAAGUCGUCAUCGGCCAUCUCGGCGAACACCUACCCUUCGACUUGUGGCGCAUAAACCACUGGUUUGAAGAUAUCAAAAAACCGCUUGGAUUGGACUGCAAGAAGACGAUUCGGGAGUACUUCGCGGAGAACAUUUACAUCACGACAAGUGGACAUUUCUCUACUCCGACACUCGAGUAUUGUAUUAAGGAGAUUGGGGUUGAUAGGAUUUUGUUUUCGAUUGAUUAUCCUUUUGAGUCGUUUGAGGAUGCUUGUAAUUGGUAUGAUGGUGUGACGCUGGAUGGGGAAGAGAAUGUGAAGAAGAUUGGACGGGAGAAUGCGAAGAAGCUCUUUAAGCUGGGGCAGUUUAAGGAUGAUGAUGCUUAGAUUGAUUGGAUAGAUGUGCUAAUUAGAGCGGCCUCUUCUGAUACAACAUGUUUUUCUGCUUCUA